CAAACUGGACAGGUGAGACUAAGAUGCCAUCAGAGUGGAUGUGAGGAUCCACGUUCAGCUUGAGCAGGUCGACCAUUUGCGCUCCUCGUCGAGCACAGAAGCUGCCCACCAGCCACCUGACCUGACGUCACCUUCCCUCGCAACUUCCACUUGUCCGUAUCGCAGCUGCGAUACGUGUACGUGGCAAUAUGAGCUCUUUCGAGGGUCGCGGGCCCAGCUCAGACGCCCAAUUCUCGUCUUACAUCGUCUGGAUACAGGAAAGAGACAGGUUGAGAACGGAGACCGAGGCACUGCCGUGGGUGUCCUGGCUGUGUCUCGGCGUCCAUGUCGGCACCAUGCUUGCCCAAGCCAGCAACGACGGCAAGAUGCUGAAAUACUGGAAGAGGCCGGCCGUCUUCACUUACUUUGUCAUUCGUGCUUUUGCCACCGCAAACUUCACUCUGGCCGUGCUGUGGUGCAGCGUCGGUGGACAGAGCGAUAUGACUGCCAACAUCGUUACAAUCAUGUACUUCGUUUGCGAGACUAUCACGCAGGGCGCCAUUCUUGUUGCAUUUCUUCUACGAACCCUCAUCCUUUGGCAUAGCCACCUCGUGCUUCUCGAUGUUGGCUUCUUCCUGUGGAUAGCUGUCUCCGCAUUCCAUCUCGUCAAUUGUUUUACAUAUCACUUUGCUGGAAGCCCGUACGACUUGCGCAUAGUCUACGCCUUGCCUCCUCGCUUUGGUUUCCUUCGUUUCGGACCUUACUUCGCCGACUUUGGCUUUACGUGUCUUGUGACUGCUCUCACCAUCGUAGGGUCGGGCAGAUACGCCAAGAGGCACUUGGUCGGCAGCUUUCAUUCCAUCACAGAAAGGAACGCGCAAGAGAAAGCGACUCGAGUCGCCAACAGCAUCUUAUCUCAUCAGCUCAUCUUUUUUGCCAUCAGUGCUCUAGCGACGGCCGUCAUUGGAUCACUUGGUCUUGCAGAAGCGUUCAACGGCUAUUCCGCAUUGAUCAGGCUCCCCAUAGGGCUCUUGAUGCAGAGCACGAUGGCGUGCGCGCUCAUUCAGAACCUGCGUCGUUUGCAGCAAGACGGUGAUCAAGCCAGGUCUGUUCUGUACGAGGCCGACGAAUUUGCAAAAGGCCGCCGCCCAGUGUCGACGUCGCUCGAUGUGACGCGCACCAACCUAUCGCCAGACAUCUUUAUCAUUGCCCAUCCAUCUCAGAACGAUGCGGAUGGCUUGGAACCGCGCCUGUAUGGACUUCCCACUCGACGUUCUUAUGUGGAAAGCGUCAGAACGGCUCACACUGACUCGGACGAAGGCUCAAACGUGUCGCAGGAAGUCGAACAGUCCUGGCUUGCCCGCUUUUCGAGAUGAGAAGAUGAUGCUUCAAGAUCCACUUCGGUGUCUACUCCGACGUAGAUUCGGAAGGCUCUUUCCUCCUCUGACGCCUUUGUUCAUGAGCACCCAGUCGAGUUUGUAAUGGUGAAUGCGUGCAAAAGUG